GUCCCUCACCCUGAGGACAAGGUUCCUAACUCUGAAGACAAGGAUCCUCACAUUGAGGACAAGGUUCCUCACCCAGCGGACAAGGUUCCUCAAUGUGAGGAUAAGCUUCUUCAUUCUGAGGACAAGGUUCCUCACUCUGAAGGCAAGUUCCUCACUCUGAGGAGAAAGUUGCUCACUCUGAAGGCUGGUUCCUCUCUCUAAAGACAAGCUUCCUCACUCAGAGGACAAGGUUCCUCACUCUGAGGACAAAGUUCCUCACGCUGAGGACAAGGUUCCUCACUCUGAGGACAAGAUUCCUCACUCUGAGGACAAGGUUCCUCACACUGAGGACAAGGUUCCUCACUCAGAAGACAAUGUUCCUCACUCUGAGGACAAAGUUCCUUACACUGAGGACAAGGUUCCUCAAACUGAGGACAAGGUUCCUCAAACUGAGGACAAGGCUCCUCACUCUGAAGACGAGGUUCCUCACUCUGAGGAGAAGGUUCCUCACUCUGAGAACAAGGUUCCUCACUCUGAGGACAAGGUUUAUCACUGUUAGGACAAGGUUCCUAACUCUGAGGACAAGGUUCCUCACCCUGAGGACAAGGCUCCGAACUCUGAGGACAAGGUUUCUCACACUGAGGACAAGGUUGCUCACUCUGAAGGCAGGUUCCUCUCUCUAAGGACAAGGUUCCUCACUCUGAGGACAAGAUUCCUCACUCUGAGCGGAAGGUUCCUCACGCUGAGGACAAGGUACCUCACUCUGAGAACAAGGUUCCUCACUCUGAGGACAAGGUUCUUCACACUGAGGACAAGGUUCCUCACACUGAGGACAAGGCUCCUCACUCUGACAACAAGGUUCUUCACACUGAGGGCAAGGUUCCUCACUCUGAAGACUAGGUUCCUGACCCUAAUGACAAGGUUCAUCACACUAAGGACAAGGUUCCUUACACUGAGGGAAGCUUCCUCACUCUGGAAGCAAAACUCCUCACACUGAGGACAAGGUUUCUCACUCUGAGGACGAGUUUCGUCACUCUGAGGACAAGGCUCUUCACACUGAAAACAAGGUUCCUCACUCUGAGGACAAGUUUCCUCACACUGAAAGCAAGGUUCCUCACUCUGAGGACAAGGUUCCUCACUCUGAGGAGAAGGGUCCUCCCUCUGACGUGAAGGUUCCUCACUCUGAGGACAAGGUUCCUCAAUCUGGGAACAAAACUUUUCACACGGAGGACAAGGUUCCUCACUCUGAGGACAAGGUUCAUCACUCUGAGGACAAGGUUCCUCUCUCCGAAGGCAGGUCCCUCACCCUGAGGACAAGGUUCCUAACUCUGAAGACAAGGAUCCUCACAUUGAGGACAAGGUUCCUCACCCAGCGGACAAGGUUCCUCAAUGUGAGGAUAAGCUUCUUCAUUCUGAGGACAAGGUUCCUCACUCUGAAGGCAAGUUCCUCACUCUGAGGAGAAAGUUGCUCACUCUGAAGGCUGGUUCCUCUCUCUAAAGACAAGCUUCCUCACUCAGAGGACAAGGUUCCUCACUCUGAGGACAAAGUUCCUCACUCUGAGGACAAGGUUCCUCACUCUGAGGACAAGGUUCCUCACACUGAGGACAAGGUUCCUCACUCUGAGGACAAGGUUCCUCACUCUGAGGACAAAGUUCCUUACACUGAGGACAAGGUUCCUCAAACUGAGGACAAGGUUCCUCAAACUGAGGACAAGGCUCCUCACUCUGAGGACAAGGUUCCUCACUAUGAGAACAAGGCUCUUCACACGGAGGACAAGGUUCCUCACACUGACAACAAGGUUCCUCACUCUGAGAACAAGGUACCUCACACUGAGGAUAAGGUUCGUCACUCUGAGGACAAGGUUCCUCACUCUGAGGACAAGGUCCUUCACACUGAGGAGAAGGUUACUCACACUGAGGACAGGGUUCCUAGCUCUGAGAAGAAGGUGUUUCACACUGAGGACAAUGUUCCUCUCUCUGAGGACAAGGUUCCUCACACUGAGGACAAGCUUCCUCACUCUGAGAACAGGGUUCCACACUCAGAGGACAAGGUUCCUCACUCUGAGGACAAGAUUCUUCACACUGAGCGCAAGGUUCCUCACUCUGAGAACAAGGUUCCUCAGUCUGAGAACAAGGUUCCUUACCCUGAGGACAAGGUGCUUCACACUGAGGACAAUGUUCCUCACUCUGAGAACAAAGUUCCUCACUUUGAGGACAAGGUUCCUCAAUUGGAGAACAAGGUUCCUCACUUUGAGGACAAGGUUGCUCAAACUGAGGACAAGGUUCCUCACUCUGAGGACAAGGUUCCUCACACUGAGGACAAGUUUCUUCACACUGAGGACAAGGUUCCUCACACUGAGGACGAGGUUCCUCACUAUGAGAACAAGGUUCCUCACACUGAGGACAAGGUUCCUCGCUCUGAGGGCAAGGUUCCUCACUUGAGGACAAGGUUCCUCACUCUGAGGACAAGGUUCCUCACUCUGAGGACAAGGUUCCUCACUCUGAGGACAAGGUUCCUCACUCUGAGGACAAGGUUCCUCACUCUGAGGACAAGGUUCCUCACACUGAGGCAAGGUUCUUCACUCUGAGAACAAGGUUCAUCACUCUGAGGACAAGGUUCCUCGCUAUGAGAAGAAGGUGCUUCACACUGAGGACAAGGUUCCUCACUCUGAGAACAAAGUUCCGCACUCUGAGGACAAGGAUCCUCACUCUGAGGACAAGUUUCUUCACUGAGGACAAGGUUCCUCACACUGAGGACAAGGUUCCUCACUCUGAGAACGUGGUUCCUCACACUGAGGACAAGGUUCCUCACUCUGAGAACGUGGUUCCUCACACUGAGGACAAGGUUCCUCACUCUGUGGACGUGGUUCCUCACUCGGAGGACAAGGUUCCUCACUCUGAGAACAAGGUUCCUCACACUGAGGACAAGGUUCCUCACUCUGAGGACAAGGUUCCUCACACUGAGGACAAGGUUCCUCACACUGAGGACAAGGUUCGGCACACUGAGGACAAGGUUCCUCACUCUGAGGACAAGGUUCCUCGCUCUGAGCUUCACUCUGCGAACAAAGUUCCACACUCUGAGGACAAAGUUCCUCACUCUGAGGACAAGUUUCUUCACACUGAGGACAAGGUUCCUCACACUGAGGACGAGGUUCCUCAUUCUGAGAACAUGGUUCCUCACACUGAGGACAAGGUUCCUCACUCUGUGGACGUGGUUCCUCACUCGGAGGACAAGGUUCCUCACUCUGAGAACAAGGUUCCUCACACUGAGGACAGGGUUCCUCACUCUGAGGACAAGGUUCCUCGCUCUGAGGACAUGGUUCCUCACACUGAGGACAAGCUUUUUCACACUGAGGACAAGGUUCCUCACACUGAGGCAAGGUUCGGCACUCUGAGAACAAGGUUCCUCACUCUGAGGACAAGGUUCCUCGCUAUGAGAUGAAGGUGCUUCACACUGAGGACAAGGUUCUUCACUCUGCGAACAAAGUUCCGCACUCUGAGGACAAAGUUCCUCACUCUGAGGACAAGUUUCUUCACACUGAGGACAAGGUUCCUCACACUGUGGACAAGGUUCCUCACUCUGAGAACAUGGUUCCUCUCACUGAGGACAAGGUUCCUCACUCUGUGGACAUAGUUCCUCACUCGGACGACAAGGUUACUAACUCUGAGGACAAGGUUCCUCACACUGAGGACAAGGUUCCUCACUCGGAGGACAAGGUUUCUCACUCUGAGAAUAAGGUUCCUCUCUCUGAGGACAAGGUUCUUCACACUGAAGACGAGGUUCCUCACACUGAUGACAAGGUUCCUCACUCUGAGAACAAGGUUUCCCACUCUGAGGACAAGGUUCCUCGCUCUGAGAAGAAGGUGUUUCACACUGAGGACAAUGUUCCUCACUCUGAGAACAAGGUUCCUCACUCAGAGGACCAGUUUUUCACACUGAGGACAAGGUUCCUCACACUGAGGACAAGGUUCCUCACUCUGAGACAAAUGUUCCUGACACUGAGGACAAGGUUCCACACUCUGAAAACAAAGUUCCGCACUCUGAGCACAAGGCUCCUCACUCUGAAGACAAGGUUCCUCACUCUGAGGACAAGGUUCCUCACACUGAGGACAAGGUUCCUCACUCUGAGGACAAGGUUCCUCACUCUGAGGACAAGGUUCCUCACUCUGAAGACAAGGUUCCUCACUCUGAGGACAAGGUUCCUCACUAUGGGGACAAGGUUCCUCACACUGAGGAGAACGUUCCUCACUUGGGGGACAACGUUCCUCACACUGAGGAGAAGGUUCCUAACUCUGAGGACAAGGUUUCUCACUCUGAAAACAAGGGUCCUCGCACUGAGGAAAAGGUUCCUCACUCUUGGAACAUGGUUCCUCGCAAUGAGGACAAGGUUCCUCACUCUGAGGACAAGGUUCAUCACUCUGAGGACAAGGUUCCUAACGCUGAGGACUAG